AUGACCUCCCAAGACGACUGGCCGGGGCUCGCAGAAGGCAUAACCUCGCGCCUCAUCCCCGUGCGCGACCUGAACAUGCACAUCCUCGAAGCCGGGGACCCGACCGCCCCGCUCCUCCUCCUCCUCCACGGCUUCCCCGAACUCGCCUACUCCUGGCGCGCCGUCCUCGCGCCCCUCGCACGCCUCGGCUACCACGUCGUCGCGCCCGACCAGCGCGGCUACGGCCGCACCCUCCCCCGCGCCUUGCAAGACCCGGCGGCACCGGUCCUGGUCCAGUACGACGACGACCUCACCCCGUACCGCCUGCUCAACCUCGCGCACGACGCCAUCGCGCUCGCCUACGCCCUCGGGCACACCGCCGCCGCCGGCGUCGUCGGCCACGACUUCGGCUCGGUCGUCGCUGGGGUCGUCGCCCUCGCCCGCCCGGACCUCGUCCGCACCGCCGUCUUCAUGAGCGCGCCGUUCCCGGGCGCCCCCGCCCUCCCCCUCGCCUCCGCCGCGCCGUCCCCGUCCCCCGCGGCGGCGCUCGUCGCCGCGCUCGCACGCAUCGACCGCGAGCACUACACGCACUACUUCGCGUCCCCCCGCGCGAACGCGGACAUGCACGGCACCGCGGACCACGCGGGCGACGACCCGCGCCCGCUCCCGCUGACCCUCGAGGCGGCCGCCGCGCUCCCGCCGUACUACGUGAUGCCGCGCGGGGUGGGCAUGCCCGCGGUCGUCGCGCCGGCGACGGCAGGGGAAGUGGCGAGCGCGCGGUGGCUCGACGAGGCGGCGCUGGGCGUGUACGUGCGCGAGUUCGGGCGGACGGGCUUCCAGGGCGGGCUGAACUGGUACCGGACGAUGGGCGCGGAGGUCGGGGGCGAGGACUGGGGGCUGCGGAUGUUCGGGGGGACGCGGGUGGAGAUGCCGGCGAUGUUCGUCGCGGGGCGGAGGGACUGGGGGACGUACCAGAGCCCGGGCGCGCUGGAGCGGAUGCGGAGGGAGGUGUGCGCGCGGAUGGAGGAGGACGACGUGGUGCUGGUCGACGGGGCGGGGCAUUGGGUGCAGCAGGAGCGGCCUGAGGAGGUUGUCGGGCAGAUCGAGAGGUUCUUGAAGAAGUACGAGCAGUAA